AUGACCUCCCCGUUCUCGAACCUUACCAAUGCCAACACCACGAUUCCCAGGUUUGUGCAUUACUACGAGAUUGAGAUCAAGCCCUUCCAGCACUCCAUCUACCCGGACCUCAGUCCCGCCAAUCUUGUCGGCUACGAUGGCAUCUCUCCCGGUCCCACCAUCAUGGUGCCACGAGGGACCGAGUCCGUCGUUCGCUUCGUCAACAACGCCCACGCCAACAGCUCCAUUCACCUCCACGGAUCCUAUUCUCGCGCUCCCUUUGAUGGUUGGGCCGAGGACACCACCGCCCCUGGGGAGUACAAGGACUAUUACUUCCCGAAUCGGCAGUCGGGCAGGAUGAUGUGGUAUCAUGACCACGCAACAGCAGAGAACGCCUACAUGGGCCAAGCAGGCGUGUAUCUCGUCUGCGACCCAGCAGAAGAUGCCCUCAACCUCCCUUCCGGCUAUGGCGAAUACGACAUCCCCCUCGUCCUCGCAGCCAAACAGUACAACCUCGACGGGACACUGUUCUCCACUGUCGGGGAGAGAAUCAGCCUCUGGGGUGAUGUCAUCCACGUCAACGGGCAGCCGUGGCCCUUUCUGAACGUCGAGCCACGCAAGUACCGGUUCCGGUUCCUCAACGCGGCCGUGUCAAGAUCGUUCUCGCUAUACUUUGUCAAGACAAGCAAUGCCGGCGGGCUCAACGCCAAACUUCCCUUCAAGGUCAUUGCGAGCGAUUCGGGGCUGUUGGAGAAGCCAGUUCAGACUUCGUACAUGUACAUCUCCAUGGCCGAGCGCUAUGAAAUCGUUUUCGACUUCUCCUCCCACGCCGGACAGACCAUCGAGCUCCGCAACUUUGCCAAAGCCGGCGGCGCCGGGGUCGAGGACGACUACCAAAACACAGACAAGGUCAUGCGCUUUGUGGUUUCCAACACCACCGCCAGCGCCGACACCUCCGUUGUCCCUGCCCAACUACGCACCGUUCCAUUUCCCCGUCCCAAGACAAGGAGAAAGAUUGACCAGCACUUCAAGUUCCACCGCGCCAACGGUCAAUGGCUCAUCAAUGGCGUUGGCUUCGCGGAGGCCAACAACCGUAUCCUUGCCAAUGUCCCCCCCGGCACGGUUGAGAUCUGGGAGUUGGAGAACACUACCGAUGGCUGGUCUCACCCAAUUCACGUGCAUUUGGUGGACUUUCGGGUUAUCUGGCGUCGACGGGAGGGUAGGCGCGUGGAGAAAUACGAAAGUGAGGGGCUCAAGGAUGUCGUAUGGCUUGGGAGAGAGGAAACGGUGCUGGUGGAGGCUCAUUACGCUCCCUGGGACGGCGUGUACAUGUUCCAUUGCCACAACCUCAUCCACGAGGACGACGAUAUGAUGGCCGCAUUCAAUGUUACUGCGUUGCCUGACUUUGGGUACAGCAACUUCUCUGCCAAGUUCUUGGAUCCCAUGGAGCCGAGGUGGAGGGCAAAGCCAUUUGCCAUGGCAGACUUUACCGCACGGACAGGGCCAUUCUCAGGGGCGGCGAUUGACCAAAAGGUGAAAGACUUUGCUGCGUCGGACGCCUAUAGGCAUGCCGACGAGAUCAUGGAUGGCUUGGAUCAAUACUGGAGGACCGCCAGCCAGCCUGUUCGGAGCACAAGUACACGAUCAUCUGCAACCAAUACCCGAUCGACCACGAGCACAGGGACGCGAACCACUACCACAUCUAGGGCAACGACGACAUCGAGGGCAACAACAUCAACACCAACAACUCGAAAUUUAAGCACCCGGCUUCAAGCAACCACUCGUUCAUUCAUUACAAAAUCAUGGGACAGUUCGGCAACACAGUCGACACUGCCGCCGCGCUUAACGUCUAGGCCGCUGUCAAGUUCUCGUCCGCCAUCCACAGCAACACUGUUCUAG